AUGGUACAGGGGGAAGAGCGUGAGGGGAAGGCAGAGGGUGACGUGUCCGUCUGUGGAGGGCCUGGCCAGGUGAGGAGCACAAGGGUGCAGGAGCACCCAGGUGCUGCCCAGAGAGGUGGCAAAGUGGGUGACGGGGCCGGGAAUGUGGCUGAGGCCGCCCACCUGUGCCCGACCUCCCCGCCUCUGCAUCCAUCAGCCAGUGGCCCUGCCCAGCUCCCGACCCACAUGAAGCUGGCUGCCACAGCCCUCAGGAAGGGCAGAGGGGACGCGUCUCAGGCUGGUCCCCUGCCCCCGGCAGACACAGACACAAUGACGGCAGCAACGCAGCCCAGAACCUGGGUCUGGGGCAUCCUGACCACCACGAGCCUCAUUCUGGGACUGUCCCAGCCCCUUCUUGCAAAUGUCCUUCCCCCCUGCAACCCGCCCCCUGUCCACCGGCCCUCCGGGAGCACCCGGGACCUGAGCACCGGGACCAGGGAGAACGACAACAACAGCAACCGCAUCGUGAACGGCACCGACUGCGAGAAGAACACGCACCCCUGGCAGGCGGCGCUGCUGCUGGAUGCCAACCGCCUCUACUGCGGGGGGGUGCUGGUGGACCCCCAGUGGCUGCUCACGGCCGCCCACUGCCACAAGAAAAAUGUCAAAAUCCGUCUUGGCCACUAUUCUCUGUCCUCCGCUUAUGAAUCUGGGCAACAGAUGUUCAAGGGAGUCAAAUCCAUCCCCCACCCCGGUUAUGCCCACCCCGGCCACUCCAACGACCUCAUGCUCAUCAAACUGAACCGAAGAGCCAUCGAUAGCGAGUCCGUGAGGGUAAUUCACAUCCCCUCCAGUUGUCCCAAGGCUGGGACCCAGUGUGAAGUUUCCGGUUGGGGUACCACCAGCAGCCCUGAAGUGAACUUCCCCAAGGUCCUCCAGUGCUUAAACAUCAAAGUUCUAAGUCAGGAAAAGUGCCAGGACGCCUACCCGAGACAGAUCGAUGACAGCAUGUUCUGUGCAGGCGACGAAGCGGGCAGAGACUCGUGCCAGGGUGACUCCGGGGGCCCCGUAGUCUGCAACGGCACCCUCCAGGGCUUGGUUUCCUGGGGGGACUUCCCCUGUGCUCAACCCAACCGACCCGGUGUCUACACCAAACUCUGCCGCUUCACCAAAUGGAUCCGAAACACCAUAAGCUCCAACUGA